AUGGGUCUUCCUCAACCGGUUGGAUACCUUUUUUGGUAUACCACUUCUAUCAUACUUGGUAUUCUGACCAUACUCAACUUCUCAAACAAACUGUAUCAUCAUCUUACCCGACCAAAGGGAUCGAGCCAAUUCACAGCGCUUGUGCCUUCUACUGGACCAUCGCCUCUUGUGUCACCCGAUUCAAGUAUGGAGAAACAAUCUUCUGAAGCUGGACAGAUACAGCGAGCCAGAUUGGGUAGACUGAAUCGAGCGUUACGGGCUUUUGGUGUGAUAUCAGGAAAAUAUUUCUACCUAUCAGGCAUCACUAUUAAAAGUAAAAGAUUCACUAUCCUUGGGAAAGUGAGGAAAUUCCAUAAGAGAGUUUAUGCUACUCCUGACCUCUUAUGGAUGGGAGGAUACACAUUGGGUUUCUUGGUUCUCUCUUUCUAUGGCACUGGAUGGGACACGCUUACUUGGUCAAAUCAAGCUGCUUGGCUAGCCGUUGCUCAAGUACCUAUGAUCAUUGCUUUAGCUGGAAAGAAUAAUUUGAUAUCUUUCCUCACUGGUAUUCCAUACGAUCGACUAAAUUAUCUUCAUCGCGCAGCCGCCAAAUUAUGUUUAUUGGGAGUGUGGAUUCACGCAGGAGGCCAUUGGAGAAUGACUCAUGGAUGGAACAAGGAAAGCUGGUCAAAAACCAUUGCUCAUUGGGGAUUUACCGGUACCUUUGCUAUCACUUUGUUGUCGUUGUUAUCUCUACCAUGGUUCAGAAGAAAGAUGUUCGAGUUCUUCCUCGUCAUGCAUAUCGCGCUGGUGGCCCUUAUGUUAGCAGCUUUCGUCAUGCAUUGGAAAGCUAUGGACGUUUGGAUUUACCCUGGUGUCGGACUUUGGGUGGCAGAUAGAGUAAUACGGGUUUUACGACUUGUCGUACUGAAUAAGCUAUGGAUCCGACGUUCAUUAUCUGCUUCCGAUAUACCGUCAAAAGCGACCAUAUCACUUCUAACUCCUUCUACAUUGCUACUUAAGUUUUCAUCUACAUCUGAUCACUUAAAUUGGUCAGCAGGACAUCACUUCUACGUGGUAAUGCCUGGAAUGUCAAGAUUUCCAUGGGAAGCACAUCCUUUUACAGCUUGCACUGUGCCUGCCAAUCCGGGUAAAGGAACACAAGCUGAAUUAGCUUUCAUAAUCAGAGUCAGAGAUGGAUUCACGAAAAGAAUGAAAGAUAAAGUGGAUGAGGUCAGGAAAGAAAAAGGUUUAGCAGUGGAUGAUCAUGUUGAUGUGGAAGUUUCAGCAGCUGUGGAAGGUCCUUAUGGUGUUAAAUCGAAUUUCACAGGUUACGAGGGUAUUUUAAUGUUUGCAGGUGGAUCUGGUGUAUCUUUUGCAGUAGCAAAUCUAAUUCAGAUACUUCGCGAAAUUCGAGAAGGAAGAAGUCGAGUCAAAUUUAUAUCGAUAAUUUGGAUGGUCAAAUCGAGAUUACAUCUUGACUGGAUCUCACCUUUACUCAAAGAUCAUGUCAAUAAUCUACCACCUGAUAUUUCGCUUACGAUUCACGUUCACGUUACACGACAUCUUCUUCCUAAGCUUUCUCUCACACACAACACUCUCCCAGAUAUGGCUUCUGGGGAUUUGCAAGCAUAUUUAGAAGAACGAGCGAAACAACCCAAAAGAAGGAGAAGCAGAUUUAUGUCUACAUUCUCCUGGGCUUCUUGGACUGGUGGAUCGAUUUUCCAUGCUGGUGGAACUCAAGCAGGAACAAGGAGAGGUUCUUAUAUGCCUUCUGAAUCAGGUAAAUCUGAAGCUUCAAAUGGUUCAGAUGGAUCUGGAUCAAGAAGGAAGAAUAUGUUCGCUCGGUUCUCAUUCGCUUCUUCCGCUCCUGGACCUUCGACCAACAAUAACAGAAGGAGAAGUAGUCAUGCGAUAAGUGGUAGCGAAAGUGAAAGAGAAGACGAUAGUAAAUUCAAAAAGCCAAGAGAAAGACGAAGACCAUCCAUGCCUUCUUUCAAUUGGACAGAAGGUUAUGCAGAUAAUACAGUUUUUGGAGGUCCGUUGAAUGGGGAUAACACCAGUGGCAUGACGAAGAAAGAAAGUAUGAGUGGAAUGUCAAUUAGAAGAGGAUCGUUACUACCAGUGUCAGUACCUGAAGGGCAAGAACUUGAAAUCGUUCUAAAAGAACCGACGCCAGUCGACGGGGUUAAAUCAGUUCCAACAAUGCCAGAACCUUUAACUAUACGAACUGAUUACCCAAGCCGAAAUCCAAGUAUGGUCCCUAGAGAUGAUAUUGGACCUGACGAAAUUGACCCAUUCGAGUACCGUCCACCAUCACCUACCACUCCACCUAUAGCAGUCUUCGGUUCCAGGGAUUCAAGAGGUUCUUUACCAUUUUUCAGAGAUUCAUUCUCAGGUUCAAUUAUAACACCAAACAAUGGUAUGAGCAAUACACCACCUCGUUCAAGACAGAUUUCAAUCUCAGAAAGUAUACCUAAAACACCUAGACAAAGACAAAUUUCAAUUUCGGAUGAACCACCUGUAAGAACGUCUUCACCUCGAAAUGAACCAAGUAGAAAACGAUCCAUACCAUUAUUAUAUGAGAUGGCGGCUAGAAGAGGCUCUUUAACCCAAGGAAGAAGAGACUCAAUACCUUACGAAGCUGCCGCAUCCGCUGCAAGUCAAUCUUCACCAAAACCCUCCAUCUUGAUGCCUAGUCCAAUUGUAGCUAAAAAAGCUUCAAGACCUUCUUUACUCGAUACGGUCCAGAAUUCAAGCUCAUUACUCGCUGCACCUGAAAUGUCAAGAUCAUCUUCGACCACAUCAGGGGCUUCAAUGGCUUCUUUCACUACUCCACAACCUGCAUCGCCUGUACAGAUGAACAACCCAGAAGAUAUAUCACGACCUGAAACGCCUUCAUUGGCAUUCCAACAAUUAAGUGAAGCAACUGGAACUGCACCUGAUGAUCUACGAAAAUCCAUUUCGGUUUUGAACGCAAUCGCUGAUCCAAAAGAGAGGAGAGCAAGCGCAGCUAUGUUUGUCGGGCCAGUUGAACUUGAACUGAGGAAGCGUAGUGCAGAAGGAUUAGAAGGUAUUGUCAGAUGGCAUGAAGGUAGAGCGGAAAUCAAAGAGAGUAUAAAAGAUAUUAUAGCUUCUGUAGAAGCGCAUAAUCAAUUAUCGUCAAGUGAAGGUGGAGGAGAAGGGGAGAAACCAGGUGUAGGUCCGAUUAAAAGAGGUGGAAGAGUAAACGUCUCAUGUUGCGGUCCAAUCAGUUUAUUGGACGCAGUCAAGGAUGGUGUAAAAGAAGAAAUGAAUAGUGAAGAAGUUUGGAAAGGAGGUGUAGUAGUGGAUUUCCACGCCGAGACUUUUGGUUGGUAA